AUGAAAGACAUUCUCCAAGGCAAAGGUCCAGAUAUCUUCGUUGGCUCUGCGGCUGAUGCAAGAGAUUUUGUGGCCAAACGCCCAUCGCGAUCCCAAUGGUCCAAACAUGUCAAUCUCGAUGGCCGUUUCUCGGAGCCCGCCUUCAACCCUACCAAGUUCGCCCCUUGGACAGAGGGAGGUGUGCUGUCAGGUGGACGUUCACGCGAAAUGGUUUACGAUUUCCGUACGCGAAAGUAUGUAGAUCGGCAUCCUCGCAUGUGGACAGACGCGAGAUGGCAACCAGAUCCUUAUAAGAACAGAAAAUGGAACAUGUUUCCCGAAGCUCUGCGCGAUGUGUAUGGUGGUUGGUGGCAGGAUGGACAAUACCUACCAUUUCUUCAGGGUGGCCCAUUUAUAAACGACAUGGGCAGACAUGUAUCGUAA